GUGUCACCAUCCCUCUCUCCUCCUCUCCUCUCAUCCCUCGCUCCUCUCCUCUCUACUAUCUGGAUACACUCUCCUGAUCAUCACAUGACAGAAAAAGAAGAAGUGAAGAAAGGAUAGUCCAUUUUUUCCUCUCUCUCCUCCUCUGUUUGGAUCCUUACUGCCUUGUCUCUUUUUUUGGAAUGAUGCCUCUUCUUUGAAGAAGGAUUUUUUUUUCUUGAAGUGGGGAUUUUUGUGGCGGGGUGUGAGUGUGAGUGGUUGCUGUGGGGAACUGGCGGAUACUAAAUCAUGGCUCAUGCAGCUUCUCAGCUGAAGAAGAAUAAAGACUUGGACAUUAAUGCAGCAGAGGACGAGAAAGAUCAAAAAAGGAAGAUUAGAAAACAGUCCCGUGACCAAAAGAAGAAGUCGGACAGUAAUGCGAGUUACUUGCGGGCAGCGAGGGCUGGUAAUCUGGAGAAGGCCUUGGACUACUUAAAGAGCGGAGUUGAUAUCAACAUCUGCAACCAGAAUGGCCUGAAUGCUUUGCACCUGGCAUCUAAAGAAGGUCAUGUGGAGGUGGUGUCAGAACUCCUCAAACUGGGGGCUAGCGUCGAUGCAGCUACCAAGAAAGGAAACACGGCUCUGCACAUCGCCUCGCUAGCCGGCCAGACAGACGUGGUUCGAGAACUGGUGACCAGCAGUGCCAAUGUUAACGCUCAGAGCCAGAAUGGCUUCACACCGCUCUACAUGGCGGCUCAGGAGAACCAUCUGGAUGUGGUGCGAUUCCUUCUGGAGCAUGGAGCCAGCCAGAGUAUCGCCACAGAGGAUGGCUUCACCCCUCUGGCGGUGGCACUACAGCAGGGUCAUGACCAGGUUGUGUCUCUACUGCUGGAGAACGACACUAAGGGGAAGGUUCGUCUGCCCGCGCUCCACAUCGCCGCCCGCAAGGACGACACCAAAUCUGCAGCCCUGCUGCUGCAGAACGACCACAACGCUGACGUGGAGUCCAAGAUGAUGGUGAAUAGGACAACAGAGAGUGGCUUUACUCCGCUCCACAUCGCAGCUCACUAUGGAAACAUAAACGUGGCUACGUUACUGCUCAACAGAGGCGCAGCGGUGGAUUUUAUGGCCAGGAAUGACAUCACUCCACUGCAUGUAGCAGCUAAGAGAGGAAAUGGCAACAUGGUGAAGCUUCUUCUGGACCGAGGAGCAAAGAUUGAUGCCAAGACCAAGGAUGGGUUGACUCCUCUCCACUGUGGCGCACGAAGUGGCCACGAACAGGUGGUUGAGAUGCUCUUGGACAGAGGAGCGCCGAUCCUGUCCAAAACCAAAAACGGCCUGUCACCCCUACACAUGGCUACCCAGGGCGAUCACCUCAACUGUGUUCAGCUACUGCUCCACCACGAUGUGCCCGUGGACGACGUGACCAACGACUACCUGACCGCUUUGCACGUGGCCGCACACUGCGGACACUACAAGGUGGCUAAAGUGAUCGUGGACAAGAAGGCCAACCCCAACGCCAAGGCAUUGAAUGGUUUCACUCCACUUCACAUUGCCUGUAAGAAGAACAGAGUGAAGCUGAUGGAGUUGCUACUGAAACAUGGUGCAUCACUGCAGGCUGUUACUGAGUCGGGGUUGACACCGAUCCACGUGGCAGCUUUUAUGGGCCAUGAGAACAUAGUGAAGCAGCUAACACAUCAUGGAGCAUCACCAAAUACAGCCAAUGUGAGAGGCGAAACUGCACUGCACAUGGCAGCUAGAGCAGGACAAGUUGAUGUGGUUAGAUAUCUGCUACAGAACGGAGCUAAGGUUGAGAUAAAGGCCAAGGAUGACCAGACGGCGCUGCACAUCUCCAGUCGUCUGGGAAAAAUGGAGAUUGUGCAGCAACUGUUACAGAAGGGGGCGUCGCCCAACGUGGCCACGACAUCUGGGUACACACCCCUUCACCUCGCAGCACGCGAAGGGCAUCAGGAGGUCGCCACACUGCUGCUGGAACAAGGAGCAUCCCUGUCUGCAGCAACCAAGAAGGGUUUUACUCCACUACAUGUGGCUGCCAAAUAUGGCCAGAUAGAGGUGACCAACCUACUGCUGCAAAAAAGAGCAGCACCAGACACAGCAGGAAAGACUGGACUAACUCCGCUGCAUGUAGCUGCUCACUAUGAUAACCAGAGAGUCGCUCUGCUACUGCUAGACCACGGGGCAUCACCACACGCUGCAGCCAAGAAUGGUUACACUCCUCUCCACAUUGCUGCUAAGAAGAACCAGCUGCAGAUAGGGGCCACGCUGCUAGAGUACGGCGCAGAGACCAACGCCGUGACCCGCCAGGGCAUCAGUGCCCUGCAUCUGGCGGCGCAGGAGGGUAGCGUGGACCUGGUGUCCCUGCUUCUCACCAAACAUGCCACUGUCAACAUGGGCAACAAGAAUGGGCUGACACCACUACACUUGGCUGCUCAAGAGGACAGAGUGGGCGUGGCCAAAGUGCUUCUCAAUCAUGGGGCGGAGGUCGAUGCCCACACAAAGAUGGGCUACACUCCGUUACACGUGGCCUGUCACUAUGGCAACAUGAAGAUGGUCAGUUUCUUGUUAGAGAAUCAGGCCAAGGUCAACAGCAAAACAAAGAAUGGGUACACAACUUUACACCAGGCAGCACAGCAGGGCCACACCCACAUAAUUAAUAUGCUACUUCAGCAUGGCGCCUCAGCCAAUGAGCUCACAGUUAAUGGGAACACAGCUCUGUCUAUAGCUCGCAGACUCGGUUAUAUUUCAGUGGUUGACAUGCUGAGAGGAGUCACUGAUGACAAUCUCACUGCUAUGCCCCCGGUGACAGAAAAACACAAGAUUAAUGUCCCGGAGACCAUGAACGAGUUCCUUGACAUGUCGGACGAUGAGGGUGAGGAUGCGAUGACCGGGGAAACGGAGAAGUAUCUGCGGCCGCAAGACCUGAGGGAACUCGGUGAUGACUCGCUCCCGCAGGACGGCUGCAUGGGCUUCAGCAUAGGAGCGCGCUCUGCCAGCCCCAGGAUCAGCUCGGAGAGAUCCAACACUCUGAACAGAACGUCGUUCGCGAAGGACAGUAUGAUGAUUGAAGAGCUCCUCGGACCAACUAAAGACACGGGUGUCUUUAAAGAUAUUUCCUACAUGGUGGAUCCUCAGAAUAAGCAUCUCACUGUAACACGUGACAAUGAGUGUUUGAGGCGUUACAGCUGGACCCCGGACACGGUGGAUCAUGCACCCAAUACCGUGUCAAGCCCUGUCCACUCUGGGUUCCUUGUGAGCUUCAUGGUGGAUGCCCGGGGCGGAUCCAUGAGAGGAAGUCGUCACGAUGGCAUGCGCAUCAUCAUCCCACCCAGGAAGUGUCCUGCACCCACGCGAAUCACCUGCCGCCUCGCCAAGCGUCACCGGUUGGCAUACCCACCCCCCAUGGUGGAGGGGGAGGGGCUUGUCAGCAGACUGGUGGAGGUGGGGCCAGCCGGAGCUCAUUUCCUUGGGCCGGUCAUCGUGGAGAUCCCCCAUUUUGGCUCAAUGCGCGAGAAAGAGCGCGAGCUGAUCAUUUUGCGGAGCGACAAUGGCGACACGUGGAAGGAGCAUCACUAUGACUGCCGCGGUGAAGACCUCCUCGCGCUGCUCAACGGCAUGGACGAGGAGCUCGACAGCCCUGCUGAGCUGGAGAAGAAGCGCAUCUGUCGGAUCAUUACGAAGGAUUUCCCACAAUACUUUGCAGUGGUGUCUCGUGUUAAGCAGGAGAGUGACCACAUGGGGCCAGAGGGUGGCAUCCUGACCAGCGAGGCCGUUCCCAUGGUGAGGGCGGUCUUUCCUCCCGGCGCUCUCACCAAGAAGAUCCGCGUUGGCCUGCAGGCUCAGCCAGUACCGGAGGAACUCGCUCGCAACACGAUGGGUAACCGUGCCUCCUUCAGCCCCAUCGUUACCGUGGAACCCAGGAGGAGAAAGUUCCACAAGCCCAUCACCAUGACGAUCCCCGUGCCACCUAGAGUGAAGGAGGCGGCGGUUAAUGGACGUAAAGGUGACCCCGCCCCCUGUCUGAGACUGCUCUGCAGUAUAACAGGUGGUACAUCACCAGCUCAGUGGGAGGAUAUCACUGGUACUACUCCCCUCUCCUUUGUCACUGACUGCGUCUCAUUUACUACAAAUGUAUCAGCAAGAUUCUGGCUGGCAGACUGUCAGCAGGUGAGUGAGAUCGUGUCCCUGGGGACAUCUCUCUACCGGGAGCUGAUCUGCGUGCCGUACCUCGCCAAGUUUGUGGUGUUCGCCAAGACCAUCGACGCUGCGGAGGCGCGGCUGCGUUGCUUCUGCAUGACCGACGAUAAGGUGGACAAAACCCUGGAACAGCAGGAGAACUUCGAGGAGGUGGCCAGGAGUAAAGACAUCGAGAUCCUGGAGGGCAAGUCGAUCCACGUGGACUGUUAUGGCAACAUGGCUCCACUCGGCAAGAGCAACCAGCAACUCAUCUUCACCUUCUACGCCUUCAAGGAGAAUCGUCUGCCUUUCAACGUCAAGGUGCGAGACAUGGGGCAGGAGCCCUGCGGGAGACUCUCAUUCCUCAAAGAGCCCAAGAGCACUAAAGGUCUUCCACAGAGUGCCAUCUGCAACCUGAACUUCACACUGCCAGUGCAUAAGAAGGAAAUGGAGUCCGAUCCUGAUGAUGAGAAUGACACCAAAGAACGACGCCAUACCGUUGCUUCGUUAGCGUUACGAAAGCGCUACAGCUAUCUGACCGACCCUGCAUCCAAAACAGCCGAAAGAGGCCACAACGCCGCUCCGAAAGCCCCGUCGCAGCCUUCUGGCUACGCUUACAAGCCUGUCUUUACGACACGCUCCUACCAGGCGUGGUCCACCAGCCCGCCCGGCAGCGCCUGUGCUCAGGCCAAGUCCGGAUUCGGCUCCCUCUCCAGUUCCUCCUCCAACACUCCGUCUGCCUCCCCACUGAGGUCUGUGUGGUCUGUAAACUCUGCCUCCCCCAUCAGAUCAAUCAUCGGAGGCUCACCCGCAUCCUCCAUCAGAUCUGCUAGUGAUGUUGCAUCACCGAUACGCUCCUACAGAACCAUCUCUUCCCCGAUAAAGACAGUUGUGCAGCAGACCCAGUACCCGGUGCAGGCGACUCCGAACCUCUUGUCGUCGCCGGGGAAGAACACCCCCGACUCGGUCGCUGUAAAAGGCCUGGCUACCCUUUCUGCCAGAAACUCUCCAGUGCCUGCUGGAGGCUCAAUUCUAGAAAGAUCUUCCAUUGCUAUGACCCCACCGACUUCACCCAAAUCUUCUCUUAAUGUCUAUAGCUCCAGUUUGCCCUAUAAAUCUGUCAUAACAUCGAAUGCUCCAUCAACUUCCUCCCCCAUUAAAACAGUCCCAGGCCUCUCCUCUAUCAGAACACAUGCGGAUGCUGCCAGCUCUCACAGAGGAUUCCUCAGUUCUCUUUCCUCACCACUGAAAUCCAGCUCAAACUCCAAUGCAUCAGCUCUGAUUAAUGGGACAGCUUCCCCCACUAAAUAUCGUUCCUCCUCCCCUACUCCCCUCCUGUCCGGCAGCUUGCAGGAGAGGAUACAGGCCACAACUAAUGCUGCCACCACCAAUGUGAACGCCGCUUUUGAUGAGGUGGAGAAGACGCUAAACUCCUGUUCUGCAGGCUAUGGCACACUCAAGUCCGUGUCGUCGUCUCCAUCCUCUUCCUACCAGUCCAUUCGGUCCUCUGCCUCCAACUCCCUCUAUGCCUCCCUCAGGUCCCCUCCCAACUCCACCACCUCCGUCACCUGCAGUACGAUCACUGUACCUGUUUAUUCCCUUAUAAAUGUUCUGCCAGAACAUCAGUUUAAAAAGCUUCCUGAUGUCUCAAAGUCGACGGCUGCCCUGCUGUCCCCCAGAAAGACUCUACCCCCAGAAGCCGGUGCCCAAAUGCCGUCCUCCUUCACCAGAACUCUGUCCCCAGUCAAAAUGCCUCUGUUCAUGCCCCCUGCAACCCUCAAGGCCAACUCCUCACCCCCUCUGACAAACAGCCAGGAGAUACUGAAGGAUGUUGCUGAAAUGAAGGAGGAUCUGAUACGAAUGUCAGCCAUUUUGCAAACUGACGCAAGCACCGUGUCCAAAAGCUUCCGGUCUGACUCUCCCAAAGAGCAUAAAAUGGCGGAUGAGGAACCGUAUAGGAUAGUGGAGAAAGUCAAACAAGACUUGGUCAAAGUUAGUGAGAUACUGAGCAAGGAUGUUCUGAGGGAGGGUAAGGCAAACAUGAAAAGUAAUAAGGUUGACGAUGAUAUGGAGGACGAUAUUGACGAGAGCCAACAAAAUGAAUGGAGGUGUCCUCCACGGUAUGAGACAGUGGCGCCUCAAACCAAAAUAAAAAACAUACCUGACAAAGAUUUUAACUUGGCAAAGGUGGUUGACUACAUAACCAAUGACAUUGGCACAAGUUCUCUGUCCAAAAUUGUAGAGGCAAAACAGAGGAAUGAAGAGGUGAGGAGAGAGGGAGAGGAAAAACAGAAACGGGUUUUAAAACCUGCCAUGGCAAUUCAGGAGCACAAGCUCAAAAUGCCCCCCUCAAACAUGCGACCCUCCCCCUCAGAAAAAGAGCUUUGUAAGCUAGCAGAUGCGUUGUUUGGCUCAGAUCUGGUUUUAGACUCUCAGGAGGAUAUCUCUCAUGACCAAGAUAAAAGCCCGCUGUCAGAUAGUGGGUUUGAGACCCGCAGUGAGAGGACGCCCUCGGCUCCCCAGAGUGCCGAGGGAAUGGGGCCCAAAGCUCUGUUUCAGGAUGUACCACCGGUCAUCACUGAAACGCGGACCGAGGUUGUACAUGUUAUACGGAGCUACGAGCCUCCAGAGGACAGUAAAGAGCCUGCAAUGGAGGAGGUUAAAAUGGCGAAGCCUCCAGCACAGUACCUUGACACGGAGCCCAGGUCACCUGGUGGCUCCGUCAAGGACAGAGUAAAAGCCUACCAGUCUAGAACCAGUCCAGAGGAGGACGCAGUGGGUAAAGGCAUGCGGCUUAAAGAGGAGACUCAUAUAACAACUACAACCCGAAUGGUGUACCACAAACCUCAGAGCAAAGAGGCCUCGGAGAGACUUGAAGAAACCAUGUCUGUGCGAGACAUCAUGAAAGCUUUUCAGGCAGGACGAGAUCCAUCUAGAGAUAUAACUGGCUUAUUUGAACAAAAAGGCAGCAGUGAGGGACUCAAUCAGUCGCAGAGGCCGCUGGAUAGAGACUUAAUGCCCAAAGUGGAACGUAUAAUUGAGGUGCACAUUGAGAAAGGGAACAAAACUGAACCAACAGAAGUCAUCAUUAGGGAAACCAAAAACCACCCAGAGAAAGAAAUGUACAUUUACCAAAGUAGCAGUGGCAUGAAAGAGCUUCCAAAUAGGGAAGAAAAGGAGCAACAAGAGGAGGAAGAGCCCAGCGAAUCCCUCCCGACCUAUUUGGACUCUGCCAGAGCAAAAAACACUUUCUUGCAUAAAGAGGACAGGCGGCUCGGUUCUGCCCAGCUAAAUCCUGAUGACGCGUACAAAACUCUGAAACCGGUGGAUUACCGUGCGGAAGAAGCAGCAGAUAUGAAGGGAGAUUCAUACAAAUUUGCAGAGAAAAUGCUGUUCUCCGAGAAAUUGGACUCUUCUCAUUCAGAUUCAGAUGAAUCUGUGAUAGACAGGGCUCGAUACUAUGAAGAGAGAGCACAGGCUGGCUCAGUGAGAGACUUCAUGCUUAAACCUGACAAGCCUGGCAGGUGCUCAAGUGACGAUGAAAGUUAUGACAAGCUAACGCUGCUACAGUAUGACUCUGAUUCCGGUAGUCCAAAAAAAUCCACUUGGAUGAGGGUGUCUGAUGACACAAAGCAGGUUAAAAACAGAGAGAAAAUUACAUAUGAAGACAGAGUAGAAAGGACUGUCAAAGAAGCAGAAGAGAAGCUUAGUGAGGUUUCCCAAUUCUUCCGUGAUAAAACAGAGAAACUGAAUGAUGAGCUCCACUCUCCUGAAAAGAAGAAUCAUAGAUCAAAUGCUCGGGAGACCCGGUCCGGGCCCAGCUCCACCUGCAGCAGCCCUGAGAGAUCUGUCUUUAGGAAUGGAGGGAACAGAGAGGACUGGAGCAGAGACAGAUUUAGAGACAAAUAUGGUGCUCAGGACAGGAAGUGUGCCAGCCUCCCCAGUAGCCCUGAGAGACGCGCUUUGCUUCAGUACAAUGACGAUAAUAAAAAAAAAGGAGAUUGCUCAUCGGUUAGUGGCGUGAGUGAGCCCUCUAAAUAUUUUCUGCCGUCAACAUCCAAUGUAAGAUCGGUUAGAAUGAAAUUUGAAGCCGAAGCUCAAAAACAGAAUAAAGGGCCCCAGAUGGGUCAAACCUCUGACUCUCCAGUAAGGAAGCUACAGGAAAGUAAAUUGCCUAUCUAUCAAGUUUUUGCGGGGGGUAAUCUUCAGAACUCUCAUCAAGGUGAGCACAGCCCAAAGAAAGUUCUAGACAGUGAGAGUGGGCCAAGUUAUAAUGUCAGGAGAGCUCAAGCACUUACUCAAAAUCAGCAAAGUGAGAGAAAUAGAAACGUGUCUGACAACACCACCCCAAAACAUCAGAAAAGUGUAGAUAAAGAUAGAAAGGUUUACAAAACCUGGGAAAGCCAAGGCAAUGGUCACUAUAAAGCUCCAAAGUCAAAAAUGUCUCCCACAUUUGUUGAAGAUUCUCUUCCUGACAGUGAAGAUAAUGGAAAUUCAACAAAAGCAGAAACAACCAAAAAGAUUAUAUACACAGAGCUAGUGAUCCGAGAAGACACCAGCAGCGCUGACCAAUACAAUGCUUCUCUAAAAAAAAACUCGGAAUCACAAAUUCCUGUUAGGGUUUCAUCCAGUUUUAUAGACCAUCACCAGAGUAGCACAUUAAAGUUAGAUUCAUCUGUUAAAUCUGAUGGAGCAGGGCCCCACAUAUCAACGUUAGCUAGAAACAAGCAUCACUGUAGGUCUGAUGCAAGCAAAUCAUCCAGUGAUUUGUCGUCAGUAGCGAGCACUAACAUAGUCUGUAAUGGUGUUGAAAGUGACCAAAUUGAGUACAUCGAAAGAGUGACCCCAAGUGUCACUGCAGACAUUAAACCGCUACCAGUUUAUGUCAGCAUUCAAGUAGGCAAACAGUAUGAGAAGGAGACGGCUACCGGACAACUUGGCACCUACAAAAAAGUGGUUAGUCAUGAGAGUCGAACAGUGCAUGAGACGAGAGGAGCAUUUUACAAUGUCAAACAGAAACCGCAAACCUCUCCCCAGGGCAGCCCAGAGGAUGAUACUCUAGAGCAGGUGACUUUCAUGGACAGCUCUGGACGGAGUCCUGUCACUCCUGAGACACCCAGCUCUGAAGAUGUUAGCUAUGACCUCAAUUCCAGAGCACCAGAUUCUGUAAUUGGUUCUAUGACAGGCAUGCCCAGCCCAAUCCCAGAGGAGUCAGAGGAAGAGGAGCAGCCCAAGACCUUCAUCUUCAGGGAAAUACCAGCAGAGAAAGCCAAACCUGCCAGUCUACCCGAGUCUCCGAAAGGGAACCAUGACUCACCUGGAAAAGUAGCAAAAGAUAAACGGGUGGCUUACAUCGAGUUUCCUCCACCUCCACCCCUAGAGGCUGAUCAGUCUGACCUCGAAAAGAAGGGAUCAUGCCCCUCUUCUGAGGCAGAAACAGAAAUGAUGGAGGUGAACCUCCAAGAGGAACAUGACCGGCACCUCCUCGCUGAACCUGUGAUCCGAGUCCAGCCACCAUCUCCUCUCCCACCUGGAGCUGACAAUGGCGAUUCCAGCGAUGAUGAGUCUGUCUUUCAGCCCAUUCCCCUCAAGAAAUACACCUUCAAAAUGGCAGAGGAGGGCGAAAAACACGCCAAACCUCGGAAACCGGAGAGGAAUGGUUCCCAUAACAAAGAGUCAAAUGCGAAUGGUGUCAUCAAGGGAGAUGAGGCGGACCUCGAACAGAAUGGCAACGAUCAGUCUAUUACUGACUGCUCAAUAGCAACAACUGCUGAAUUUUCUCAUGACACUGAUGCUACAGAGAUAGACUCCCUGGAUGGAUAUGAUUUGCAGGAUGAGGAUGAUGGGUUAAGUGACCCAAAAACUUCCAGUCUGUCUAAUGACGGAAAGACGGGCGAGCGUUCCUUCAGCCAGAGUAAACUGGAGGUAAUUGAAGAGGAGAGCACCCCAAAUGAAGAGGCUGGAGAAAAAGUGCUAUCCACAAGCAACUUAUCAGGCCAAAAAUCAGAGGAUGAUAAAGAUCGGGAGACUAUCUACUCCUUGGAGGGAAGGCACCCUGACAGGCAAGGCUGUGCUGAAAAUUAUUUCAGCUACAAGCUCGAGGAGGAACUAAAUACCACUUUCAAAACUGUGGCAACUAAAGGCUUGGACUUUGACCCAUGGUCAAGCAAAGGGGGGGAGGAAGGAGUGUUUGAUGCUAAAGGCAAAGAUGAUGAUCCAAAGCCUUAUGGUUUGUCAGUGGAGGACAAGUCACAAGCUACCACACCUGACACCACUCCAGCCCGAACGCCAACCGAUGAGAGCACUCCAACUAGCGAGCCCAACCCUUUCCCCUUCCACGAGGGCAAGAUGUUUGAGAUGACCCGCAGUGGUGCUAUUGACAUGAGCAAGCAGGACUUUGUUGAGGAGAGGCUUCAGUUUUUCCAGAUUGGUCCACAGAGCCCGUGUGACAGAACAGAUCUUCGCAUGGCUAUCGUGGCAGAUCACCUGGGACUCAGCUGGACAGAGUUGGCUCGAGAGAUGAAUUUCUCAGUGGAUGAAAUCAAUCACAUUCGCACAGAGAACCCCAACUCCCUCACUGCCCAGAGCUUUAUGCUUCUGAAGAAGUGGGUGAGAAGAGAUGGGAAAAAUGCCACCACGGACGCGCUGACUGCAGUCCUGACCAAAGUGAACCGGAUGGAUAUUGUCACUCUGCUGGAAGGGCCCAUAUUUGACUAUGGUAACAUUUCAGGCACCAGAAGUUUUGCAGAUGAUAGCGCUGUGUACCAGGAGAAAGCGGAUGGUAAAGUUUAG